AUGGGACGUGCUGGGCUCCAGUUCCGAGCCCUCCUCUGGAAGAACGGACUUUGCCGACUGCGGCACCCGGUCCUUUCCCUCGCUGAAUUCCUCUGGCCCUGCAUCCUGUUCAUGAUUCUGAUGGUCCUGCGGUUCCAGACGCCUCCCAGACACAAAGACAGCUGUUUCUUGCAGCCCCGGGAUCUUCCCAGCCGGGGGGUUUUCCCCUUUGUCCGAGGGCUGCUCUGUAACACUGGCUCCACCUGCAGGAACGCGAGCUUUGAAGAGUACAAGGACCGCCAUUUCCGGUUCCAAACUGCUGCUGACGACAGGGCGGUCAACAGCCUGGGCUUUUUAGAAGAGAUGCAAGACCUGGCCGAGGACAUUUACGAGACGGCGAGCAAGGCGAAGCACCUGCAGAGGCUCUGGGGAGAAAGAGUCCAGGCGCCAGAUUCUUCUGGUUCCAGUUUUUUAACAAUGAAUCUCAACCACACCGAGGAGGUGCUCGAAGAGCUGGAAAUCCUCCAGCAGCAGCCGCAUCUCUGGGCUUUCUUGCUCUCACCGCCAAGACUAGGAACAAACAGGGUUCGCUUGGGAGAUGCCGCACAAGCCGUGGAGCACCUUCUCCGGGCAGCUUUAAAUUCUGUAGCAUCUCUGGACAAUCUAGAUUGGCUGCCACGCAACACAGAGCUCUCCCAGGUCUCUGAAAUCAUGCUGAACGCGACCAUCUCAGCGCUGGCUUUCCUGCAGCAGCCUGGAGGAUGGGCCACUGAGUCCACUUACCACCUUUCCCUGCAAAGCGUGGUGUGGGACCCAUGGAAAGUACAGAAUGACCUCAGAUCCCAGUUCGGUUUUGAUGAUCUUCAAGCAGAACGGAUUCUGAAUUAUUCAGUGGAGCUGCAGGAGUUUCCCACAGAGCGUGACUUAGAGAGGAUGGUGAGCUCGGCCUUGUCCAGCACGCUUGAGGAGGAAGCUGAGCGAGGAGGCCACCGUGGAGGCCAGCAGCCCAAGCGGCCCGAAGCCAGAAGCUACCUGGUUGGGGCGGUCAGCCAGCUGCGGCUCUACAGACAGGUGUUGGACCAGUGGCACCUGCGUGACCUGCUUCAGAAGGUGCUCAUAGGCACGGGCCGGAGCCUGCAGGCCCUCAGGGACAAGCACAAGGAGGGCGGAUUGGCGUGGAAGGUGGCGGGAGCCUUGCACGCAGGACUGCACCUCCUGAGUGACGUCUUGGCAGUGGAUGGCCCGGGGGACAGCCCCUCCUCCCCGCAGCUAUUCCAGCACCUGCAGAAACUGUGGAGCGUGCUGCAGUCGCCGCCGCGGUGGCCAGCCCUGGAGGGCCUGCUGCGGCUGGACGGGGCCCUCCGGAAUGUGAUAGCCCAGGACUUGGAUCUUGUCCGAGAGAUCCUUGCUCAGCUGGAGAGCUCAGCAGAUGAUUCUGUUCUGGGUGGACCUGAUGGCUGGAAACUAGAGAAGGACGCGUUCUUCUGGGGGUUAAGGCAGAUACUGACAAGCGGUGCCGCCAGGACCUGUCGAAAUGUAAGCUUGUCUGAGGAGGGUCCCACGUCCCCCAGGAAGUCCAGCAUCUGGGUGGAUCCCUGGGCACUAUUGUGCCACCACAGCUCCUUCAAUAAAAGCAGAGUUUUAAACAGGCUGCUUGGUACAGUGGAGAGUGCUGCUCAUGUUUUGCAAGAAGCUGUUGCUGGGAACCCAGAUAUUCUGGUUUCAGACCCUGAGGCGUACCUGGGCUGGCAGGAGAUCGAGAAGCAGCUGGUGGAAGUGAGCCAUUCCUGUUCUCGGCUCUUCCAGUUGCUAGAAGUGGAUGCUUCUCUGGGGGACGGUGCCUCUGCUGGUGGCUGCGAGCACGAGCUGACCUCCACCAUGAUAUUUCAUAUUAUUAAAAAAGCACAAUUAUCCCUGAGACAAAUGUCCUACUGGAAAUCCUUCCUAGAGUUUAUCAGGAAGACUUGUGAGAUGGCUCGAUAUGUGAACAUACAAGGAAGUUUCCAGAACAGCCUGUCAGCCCUCUCCGAAGACUCCCCUUGUGAUGCAGAAAACAUGGGUUGGAAAAUCAUCAGUGACGUUUAUUUUGACUUUUUGAAUAACAUACUGACAUCUCCAGUAACUUCUACAUUCAGGGCUUUCAAUUUCACGAAGUACCUUCUAGGUAUGGAAAAGAAGUGGCAUGCUGGUGAGAAUGAAGAGACGCACUUUCUUCUAUCAUUUGUGGAACUUUUGGAGGAAUUAUUAUCGCCUGAUCCUUCUGAAUCAUCUAGUGCUCAUGAAUUUCAUAGCAUCUCCUCCCUUCUCGACCAGUUUCUGAACAGAAGUGUAUUGUGGGUAAAUCACUUUAAAAGUUUAGGGACAAACUCAUCUAGAGUUGAUGCUCAGAAACUUCUGGAAUUUGGCAAAAUGGUGAUUGAAAAAAUACAAACUCAUGGAGGCCAUUGGAUGAGGAAGGUAUACGAAAAUGCUUUGGGAGUCCUGGAGCUAACGCUUUCUGAACUGAAUCCCAAGGUGCCAGAGUUAUGGCUCUUCGGCAUUUUGGAGGGAGCAGCAGCUGAGUUGGAAACAGCUACGCUUCUAAAUUUUUCUGUCCCAGAGAAUGAGACGAUUCUGAGUAAGAAUCUUAGCUUUUCCCAGUUGUUCCGUCCAGACGGGCCUGAGUCACCAGCUGUGAGCAUGCAUUUUGUACAUAUAAGCAGAUCUAUAAUACAUAGUCUCUUUCAGUUUGGAUAUCUGACGCCAGGAGAAGUCUCAGAAGCACUGGACACAAUGCAUGCUAUCAGCAACGCAUCUGAUCUUUUCUCGGCCAUUUCUGACCUUCAAAAACAAGAAAUCGAUCGAAUUUUGACCCAUAUCUACCUACACGUCUUCAAAGACAAGGAUUCUGCUUUACUUCUGCAAAUUUGUUCUUCAUUUUACCAGUAUCUUUAUAAACUCUUGAGCCUGCCGAAUGGAGAGCCAUUGCUAACUUACCUCAGCCAAAUCUCAAGACGCGUUUUGGACAUUGCAAAGCAGUUUAAUUUCCAAGACAUCAGGAGAGCAUUUGCAUUUUUGUCUGAGGCUGCUGGGGUUCUUGGGAAAAUUUCUGAAGAAUCUUACUGUCAGCAGUUGCUUUCCAUUUUUAAUUUUUUGGAACUCCAAGCCCAGUCCCUGACGUCCACGGGGGACCCAGAGUUGGAAGGCAUCCACGCUACUUUGACAGUCAUCAAGCGGCUGCUGGUAGCAGAUGAGGGUUUUCGCAUUUCCCUGUUUCAGUAUGUGAGCCAGCUCGUCAACGGUUCAGGGGAUGAGCUGAUGGUGGGGAGUGAGUGCUUUAGUUUGGAAAAUCAAACAAAUUCUUCCUCAAACCAUUCAACAGCCAAGAGGCCUUCACUACUCCUCCCAUGGGCACAAAUAUACUCAACGCUCUCUGCCAAUGUCAACGUGCUCAACGAGUUUAUGGCCAUUCACUGUACAGUUUCAUGGCUUCAGAUGUGGGCUGAAAUCUGGGAGAGCCUGUCUCACAUAUUUAAUUUUGACUUGAAUGUUUUCGCUUCUUUUCGUGUUGGUCUCACUCAAAUUUUGGACGAAUUGGAAAAUGAUGUGCAAAUUGCUAAAAGCUGCCGAGGACUGCUUCCCAACCGUCGCAUGGCUAGACUCAUAUUAAAUUUGUUUGAGAAUGUAUCCCAUGCUGAUGGCCUCCACAUUGGGCAUGCUUUUCUGGAGCUCAGGGAUGUUUGGGUCCCAUUAGGUGAUGCACUAGUUGCAGUGAGGUCACUGAACCUGGACCAAGUGGAGAGAUCUCUUUCCACCAUGGAAACUGCCCUGCAUCAGCUAAAGUCAUUCCCACUGGACUCGAGUACAAGCCGACAGUUUUUAUAUGCCCUGCUUGAUGUUUUCAUUGAGUUAAGCAAUGUGUCGGAGUAUCUGGGUGGACAUGCAGAGUUGACAAAUCACUUCCUCUCCAUCAAUCUCACAGAUUACAGAGCAAAGUUUGAAAGUGUUAUUUCUGAGCUAAGAGAAACAGUGUUGUUCCUGAGACAUGUGUCACCUGAUGGAGAUUUAUCGUCCUGUGCUGACGUCUUCCAAAAGGUGACUGAGCUCAUCUUAAAAGAUGGCUUAUUGCAUGCAAAUACUUCCCAGAGGUUGGUGCAUAUUCUGGCCAUGUUUAAUUCCACAUUUUUCUCAGAGAACUUUAAGAGUCACCUAGGAGGAUGCCUUGCGUGGGUAGAUGCCAUCAACCACCUAUACUCAAGGUACAACUCAAAUUUUUCACAGGGCCUUGUUUCCAGUAUUGUUGGGAGUUUCCCAGAUUUAGGAAGCAAAAUCAACUCUACGUUGAAAAUUGUGACUUGGAUAUUAGAUAAGAGGAAACCUCUUUGUUCUUUGAAUGAACCAAAUAUAAACUGUGUAAAUACUUACUUGCAAGAUAUAACUGACUGUCUAAAUACUAUACUGACUACAGUCUUUGAAAAAGAGAAGGAACCUAAAUUUGAAAUUGUAUUAGCUCUUUUGAAUGAUUCUACAGACCACGUGAGGAUGAUUGUCAAGAACUUAACGAGGGAGUUUGGUUCUGCCCCCCAGUCUAACUGGAAGCAUUUUAAUGGGUUAAUCUUUAGACCUGUAGAAGUGUCAGAUGAAAUUCCGAGUCAGUUUCGGAAUAUUUGGUUGCAUUUAAUAGCACUUGGGAAAGAAGCUCAAAAACUUGUACAAGAUAUUUCCCCUAAUAUCCUGGGAAAUAUUUCUUCUAAGGCUGAAAAAAUCUUGAGUUUGUUUGGCACCACUUUAAAGGAAAAGGACCUGGACAGUUUAGGCAGGUCAUUUUAUCAUUUGGCUAGUUACCUUACCUUCAACUUAUCUGGCGGUCUCCAGAAUGCAUCAGAAAUUGCUCCAAAUGAAAUAAGGACGUCAGUGGAACUUGGUAUUCAGCUGGCAAGGGAUGUGCUCAACUCCUUAAUGCCCAUGGUCCAGCACGAUAUUCCAGUUGGCACAGGUCAUGGUCAAGCUUUGAAGCGAGUGUCAUCGUUCAUGCGCAGUCUCAGGAGGACAGACGUAGACCUUUUAGUAGGCCCGCUGGAGCAAAUCAGCGAAAGCUUAGUGGAGUUCUUUAAGAAUGUCAGUAGGUCAGGCGCCGAUGACCGAGGGGUCCGCCUGCUUGUCGGCUUGAUGGAGAAGAUCGUAGACAGCUCACACUCUUGGCAUGUGAGUCACCUACUGCGGCUGUCCCGCCUCUUCCCCAGAGCCGUGGUCAAAGCAGUGGUGGAUGUGUACAAUGUUCUUCCUCAUGUUGUGCGGCUCCUGGAGAGAGUGGCUGAUAAAAACCUCACGGAAGGCCUCCAGGAUGUCCAUGACUUCGUGCUCCUUCAUGGCAUUGGCAUUGCCAGCGUCUCCAAGGAGGACUUCGCCAUGGUGAUAGAAACGCUUUCUGAUACCAUCGAACAGAUCUUGCACCAACCCACUCUGGUGUCCGAGGCUCUCACGUGCUUUCCUGUGCUCUGGUGCAGGACACACGCACCUCCUGGGUUUCUGCAGAAUCCUGAGCUGGAAGGCUGCGAUGUGCAGGUGCUCAUGUCUUCUUCCUUUUAUGGCAAAGUGGCCAGCAUGCUGGACCAUCUCCACCUGCCUCGCCCAGGGCAGGAUUCACAAUGUUCAAACAAAAGUUUACACUUGGAAAUGACAAGGAAAGCGGUCUGUGCAAUCCAUGAUCUAGCAGACUGGAAUUCCAUUCUUUUGGAGCUGUCUGGAGUAUUCCACAUUAAAACCUCACUGCUAGAAACUGUUCAGGAACUUUGGCACAAAGUGUUACCCUUUGUCCCACCUUCUGGAAAUGAAAGUAAUGGCAGCAUCCCUGAACUUUGUCCUGGUGGUCCUCUUAAGCAAGUUGCUUUGAAAAUUAUAGAAAAUCUAACAAAUGUCAACUUCACAAGAUUUACCUAUGCUAAGAACAUUCUUGACAAGCUCGCUAGUUUAAACAAGAUUCUUAAUAUUGCUGAAGGUACAGAGACGGCUGUUCAAAAUAAUAUUUCCGUAAAUUUGGAAAGAAUAAGCAAAUCAAUUACUGGGGCCUGGAACCUAGAAAACAGAAUUCAUUCUCUUCUCCCUCCCUCCGUCAACCUUCUGAAUGCAAGUCGUAUAGGCAGCAGUUUGCAAGCAUUAGCACAUUUUCUUAAACCAAGUGAAGUAACGUAUAACACUGAAGAACUGUGGCUGGACUUCAUGGAGUUUGUGGGGGUCCUGAUACAGGACAAGAAUGUCAGGCACCUCCUGUCUGAAAUUGCCAAAGAAAUCCAAAGUGUAAGUUUGGUGGCCCUUCAAAACACAACUUUGCAGUUUUCCGACAUUCUAGAACUCCUCAAUGCAUCAUCAUUGACAAUGUUGAACAUUAUCGAAGAUUUUCUCCCCGUCACAGAAAGCUGGCUUCGCGACUAUGCAAAGGAAGACUCCUCCAGGUGGAUGCGGGCACUGUUUGUCCCUGUGUCCAAUGAGAGUUCAACUGGAAAUAGAGCCGCGUUGAUGGAAGCUAUCAGUACCUUUUGGGACUAUCUAAAAAACAUCUCUAGAGAAAGCAAUUUCAGUGUUGCCUUUCUUUCUCCCCUACUACACCUAGAACAGCUGACUAAUUUUUCACUUGUUCAGGGGCUUCUGGAAAACACUCGGCUCAGUGCCGUCAGCAGCAUAGGUGGGAGUUCUCAGGAGCCAAGUGACUCUGCUGCUGACUUUCACAUGAUGAAGCUCAUCAACCUCACCUUGAACCAUCCAUGGCCAGGAGAUGCAGGGAAAACCCUUCUCUCUCCAAGACACAUGGUGGAUUUUGUGGAUCAGCUUCUGAAAACAUUCUUUUCCCUCCUCCUAAAAGAAGAUGCUGAGCACAAGAUAUCUCUUCUGCUGAGAGACCUUGAUGAAGCUUCUGCAGAGAUGAGUUCUGUCCCCAGAGAUCACAUUCUAGAAGCUCUGAAGCUGGAUCAGUUUCUGACCUCAAGGAACAAGGACACAUGGAGGAGAAUUUUCUCAAGCUUAAGGGAGGCUGUCUACCACCUGAUCAGAAGUUCUUUCACGAAAGACAGGGGGACAUCGUAUUCUGAUAACCUCGGAGGGCUGCAGCCCGUGCAGGAUUUAGUCCGUGCCCUUCUGAGGGAAGCCUCAGUGGAGAAUAACCCUGAAGGAGGCCAGUACCCUCCUGCAGCACUGAGCCAGGCGCUCUUCCGUGUCAACGGCUCUGUGGAUCUCGUCCUGCUCCACCAGUCCCUUAGUUCAGUUCUUCACUUUGUGCGAGAAAGCUCCGCAGGGAUGGCCAAUCUUGUGAGCGCUCUGCUAACCUCUCCCGAGGGCUUCCGUACCUCGUGUCCUGUGCUCCAAGAAGUCCUGCUUGCUAACCUCACUGACCUGCUUUUCUUUACAAACAACUCAUUUCCUCUGCGAAACAGAGAAGCCUUAGAAAUCACUCAGAUGCUGCUUGGAGUCAUUUCUGAUGCUGGCGCAGACAGUCGUGUCCUGGAGCCCCUGGUAGAACUAUCUAGAACUCUAGCCACACUGUUGGAUGACAGCGCUAGGCUGAAAGAGCUGGCCACGACAGUGGACUCCUUUGUGGAACUUCUCCAGCUGGCCAAGAGAGUUUCAGGGAAGAUAGCCAUGAUUUCCAAAACUCAUUUUGUCUCCAGUACCAAAGACAGCAAGAAAUUCUUGAACACUCUUUAUUUCACCAUGAAGCGAAGAGUUCUACAACUCAUGAAGGGAAUGGCAACUUGGAAAAAGGAUCAUUUUGUAUUUGAAAGCAUAAAUGAUGUGUUGGUGCCAUUUCUUGACCUGGUCUUUGGAAUGAAUGGGGUGAAACCUAAGUUCUUACAGGACUCUGGCAUUUCCAGCUUGCCACUUAGUUCACUUGCAGAGGUGACCCAAUCCAAGGACUUCACUGAGAUUUUGGAAGAAAUGGCUCAGUUUUUGACUUCUGUGAAAAUUGAUUUGGGAGACUUGGGGCACCUCAUGGUGGUGUUUAGUAACAGAACUCAAAUAUUUCCUGUGGAUUCUGUCAAUUCAUGGGAGGACAUUCUGGGUUGCUUAGUUCCGAUAAAUUACGUCACCAGUCAAAUCGGCUUCUUGCACUCCAAUCCUGCUUCCAUUCAUAGUGGCCCCCAAGAUGCCAGAUGGGAAAGAAUUCAUGAAAUGAUUCACGCUUUGGAUAAAGUGUUAACAGGAAAUAGCACAAAGAUGGGAACUUAUGUGAAAAUGCUGGCUGGUCUCACUUUAGACACUUUGUGGGGUGGUUUAAAAAGGAGCGUACAGGAUGUUUUCAGCCUGUUGCCGCCAUCUGCUCUGUCUCCAUGUGGCCUUUCAGAAGCCAUUACCGCAGGCAUGAAAGCUUCUCAUAGACUCAGAAGUGGCAAUGGAGAGGACUUGAGGAAAGGUUUAUUUUCCAACAUGUCCUCGACUCAGAGUAUAACUUGUCAACUUGAAAAAGCAAUCGAGGAGCUGCUAGCUAGAACCGGCCUCUCAAGCCUCCUCCCCAACGACUCCCAGUGGGUCAGCUCUGGAAGCAUUUUGUUCCAACCAGUUUCUGAGACUUUUAUUAAUGGAACUUCUGGGAAAAAUGUCACAUCAGCACAAGAGGAGAAGACCACGGGAGAGAGGAUGGCUUUCCCUCAGAGCUUGAAGCCAGCAUCGAGUUUCAAGAAGUACCUGACGCGGUUAAUAGCAUCGAUGGAACGCUGGCAGACAGUCUUGCUGGAAGAUUCAAGUGUCAUGGACAUGUGUCGAGUCUUCCAGCAGCUGGAGGAGCCCUCGGAUGCCGCGGCGAAGCUGCAGAGAGCGGAGGUGGUGGCUCUGCGGGUGCUCAUCGUCCUCGCAGAAAGCCCCUCUUUGGUGAAGGGGAUUUUGUGUGCUGCUCUGAGCUGUGAGCGAGGUGGAGCUCGGCAUCUCAUCUUCUCCGCUAUCCAAGGGGCCGUGCUGGGGCACAGCCUCUACCAGGAAACUGAGAAGAUCUGGAGUUCGCCGCGGCAGCUGCAGUGUGAGAGCCUCCGUAGGAAUCUUUCCAGCAUCUUGGAAGGCUUCAGAAAGGACUUGGCAAGCGCCACUGAGCAGGACUGCCUGUGCCAGGCCCCGCUGCGGGGGGUCCAGCAGGCCGUGCGCGGCUUGGUCAAAAGUCUUGGGGAGACUUGGAUGUCACGGAAUCCUGUUGUGACUUUCCUUCGCAACUUCACAGUCACUGGGGGUGUAAAAGUGAAAGAGGUGAUGAGGAACAUUACCAGGGUGGCCGAAGAGCUCCGGUCUUUUGUCCACAUCUCUGAGGAAGCCAUCCACGGCAUUCUGGAGGCGAAUGUUUCCCACUCGGAGGUGCUGCCCAGCAUGCUCACUGUGGCUCUGUCUGGCAAGUGUGACCAAGAGCUCCUCCGGCUCCUGCUGGCCUUUCCUGAGGCUGAACAGUCUGGGUCUGCAGCCACAGAGCUCUGUGCCCUGCCUGGGUCAAAAGUGCUUACGCUGGUUGUGGUCCUGAGCCGGAACUUGGAUCUGCGCGCUUUUGUCUACAAGGCUCUGAUCCCAUCGGAGGCCAGGGGCCUGCUCGGUGCCCUGCUGGAUGUGGUCUCCAGCCUCAGCUCCAUACUCAGCAAAGCCCAGCGUGUCCUCAGACACCUUCCUGGAUUCCUUCAGGCCUUAAAAAUUGAUGCUCUGCUAGAGAGGAUGGACUUCGCGCAGGCCUCACCACGUGACCAGGCCAGAAGCUCAGCUUUCGACUCUUUCCAGUCUGUGAUGAGCAUGAUGUGCCAGGACGAAGCAUCUUUCCUGAGCAGUUCAAACACGUUCCUGAAUUUGCCCAGCGUCGACCAGCUCUUGGAGGACAACAAGGAAAAGUUCAACAUCCCGCAGGAUUCCACACCAUUUUGCUUGAAGCUUUAUGAGGAAAUUCUACAGUCUCCAAAUGGUGCAUUGGUGUGGUCCUUCCUAAAACCCAUAUUACACGGACAAAUACUGUAUGCACCAGAUGUCCCAGCAAUCAAUGAAGUCAUUCAGAAGGCUAAUUACACUUUUUAUUUUGUGGACAAAUUAAAAACCUUAUCAGAAACAUUGCUGAAGAUGUCCAGCCUUUUCCAGGGAAGCGCAAGUGGACAGAUGUUCAGCCAGCUGCAGGAAGCCUUAAGAAACAAAUUUAUAAGAAGCUUUGUGGAAAGCCAGCUGCGCGUGGAUGCGGGCAGCCUCCUGGGAGACCUCCGGCGCUAUGGAGGGAUGCUGGACAAGGUCUUUAACCACACAGGGGCUGGGCACUUCCGUUUCCUGGGCAGUGCCCUGGUCAACCUCUCCUCCUGUGUGCUGCUGGACCGCUUCCGGGCCGUGGAGUCAGAGGACGUCCUGGAAUCAGAAGCACACAAGCUCAUGCGGCAGAACGAGUUCUUGGCCAGUGUCAUCUUUAACAGUUCCUCGGUUGGCAAGAGCUUCAGAUCAGCAUCUCGCGGGUUGCUGCCCCAUGUCACGUACACCCUUCGCACCAGCAUCUUAUACAGCAUGAGGACAGAUUUGAUAAAAAAUCCUUCCUGGAAGUUCCAUCCUCAGAGUCUGCCGGCAGAUGGGUUCAAAUAUAACUACAUCUUUGUGCCACUGCAAGACAUGAUCGAGAGGGCCAUUGCUGAGGUCCAGACUGGGCAGGAAGUCUUGGAGCCGACGACCCAGGCGCAGGCCGCCCCCUAUCCAUGCCACACCAGUGACCUGUUCCUGAACAACGUCGGGUUCUUCUUUCCGCUGAUAAUGAUGUUGACCUGGAUGGUGUCUGUGGCCAGCAUGGUCCGAAGGCUGGUAUAUGAGCGGGAGAUCCAGAUAGAAGAGUACCUGCGAAUGACGGGCGUGCACCCGGCCGUGAACUUCCUGGCCUGGUUCGUGGAGAACGUAGCCAUGCUGGCCCUGAGCAGCGCCACGGUGGCCGUCAUUCUGAAAACCAGCGGCAUCUUUGCAUACAGUGACGUGCUCAUCCUCUUCCUCUUCCUCCUGGAUUUUGGGGUGUCGGCCGUCAUGCUGAGUUACUUCUUGAGCGCGUUUUUCAGCCAGGCUAACACCGCCGCCCUGUGCACCAGCCUGCUCUACCUCAUCAGCUUCCUGCCCUACAUCUUGCUGCUGGUCCUGCACAGCCAGCUUGGCCCGGCCAUGCAGACCUUCCUGUGCCUCCUCUCGACCACCGCCUUCGGACAAGGAGUGUUUUUCAUUACGUUCCUGGAAGGACAAGAGGCAGGGAUCCAGUGGAAUAAUAUAUACCAGCCUCCGGAAGCAGGGAGCAUGACAUUUGGCUGGGUUUGCUGGAUGAUUCUGCUUGAUUCCAGCCUUUAUUUUUUAUGCGGCUGGUACCUGAGCAACUUGAUUCCUGGAGCUUUCGGUCUGCGGAAGCCAUGGUAUUUCCCCCUGACUGCGGCAUACUGGAAGAGCUUGUGUGGCUUGGUGGAGAAGCGGUGGCGUUCUCGAGGUCCCAGUCUGUUCUUCCUCAAUGAGGACUUGAGCCACAAAGGGUCAUCGCAGCAAGACAGAGGAGGAGAGCCUGACAGAAGAGGCACCCUGGGAGCCGCCCUGGUAUCUGUCACCAAGAAGUAUGAGGGCCACCAGGUGGCAGUGCAGGACUUCACCCUCACCUUCCCCAGGGGACAGAUCACGGCCUUCCUAGGGACCAAUGGCGCGGGCAAGACUACCAUCAUGUCCAUGCUGACUGGGCUCUACCCCCCCACUUCUGGAACCAUCUACAUCAAUGGCAAGAACCUGCAGACCGAGCUGUCCAGCGCCCGAGCCGAGCUGGGGGUGUGUCCGCAGCAGGACGUCCUCCUGGACAAGCUCACCGUCCGGGAGCAUCUGCGGCUCUUUGCAGCCAUAAAGGCACCACAGUGGACCAAGCAGGAGCGACAGCAGCAAGUCAAUAAAACUCUUGAGGAUGUGGGGCUCAUGCAGCACCAGCACAAACAAAUUGGGGCCCUGUCUGGAGGCAUGAAGAGGAGGCUGUCCAUCGCCAUUGCUUUCCUGGGCCAGUCAAGAACCGUGGUCCUGGAUGAACCCACCAGCGGGGUAGACCCUUGCUCCCGCCGCAGCCUCUGGGACAUUCUGCUCAAGUACCGGGAAGGUCGCACCAUUAUCCUCACCACCCACCACCUGGAUGAGGCAGAGCUGCUCAGCGACCGCGUGGCCAUCCUGCAGCAGGGACGGCUCCGGUGCUGCGGGCCUCCCUUCUGCCUGAAGGAGACCUAUGGCCAGGAGCUCAGCCUGACGCUGGCAAAGCAGCCUUCCGUGCGGGGAGCCCACAGUCCCAAGGACACAGCAUGCCUUACAGCCCUGAUCCAUGCCUACAUCCCGCAAGCCGUCUUCAGAGGCAGCAGUGGGCGCCAGCUGACCUACACCAUCCCGCAGGGCACAGACGAGGCCUGCUUCAAGGGGCUCUUCCAGGCCCUGGACCAGAAUCUGCAACCCCUGCAUCUUGUGGGCUACGGGAUCUCAGCCCCCACCUUGGAAGAGGUGUUUUUGAUGCUUUUGGAAGAUUGUAACAAGAAGGCAUGCACUGCCCCAGGCAUCAAGUUAGAGCCCCAGAGCUGGAGACCCUCUGGGCCACCCCCUGACUCCUGUGGCUCUACUGUGGGGACUGCACCUGGACGAACUCCGCCCGUAUUGGCCCGCGGCCACCAGCUCCUCCUGGUGCAGAUGGCUGCGCUCCUGAGGAAGCGACUGCUCCGCACAUGCCGAGCCUGGAAGAGCACAGCCUGCGACCUGCUGCUGCCCGUCCUCUUCGUGGCCUUGGCCAUGGGCUUGUUCAUGGUGCAGCCUCUGGCCACUGAGUACCCUGCACUCCAGAUGACGCCGGGCCACUAUGAGUCGGCGGAGGCGUAUUUUUUCAGCAGUGGGGCGGAUGACCUGGACCUCACCCCCGUGCUCUUGAGGAAGUUCCGGGAUCAGGAUCCUCCCCGUGCUGAUCCGGCCCCAGAUCUGAUGAAUUCUUCUUGCUGGCGCAGGGACCCGUUUUCUCCCCCCGACUUCCAGGAUUCGUGUGGCUGCCUGAGGUGUCCAAAUAGGAGCACUGGGGCGCCCUACCUGACCAACCGCCUGGGCCACACUCUGUUCAAUUUCUCCGAAUUCCCGGUGGAGCAAGACUUCCUGGUGCCAUCCUCAAAGCCAAGCCUUGGUGGCUGGUCUUUCGGAGUGCGGGUCCCCAGUGAAGAGCAAGACAGGAACACAAACGCCUCAAAACCAAGAACUCUGGCAAAGGUCUGGUAUAAUCAGAAGAGCUUCCACUCCCUGCCUUCCUACUUAAAUCAUCUGAACAACCUCAUCCUGUGGCGCCACUUGCCCCCCGGCGUGGACUGGAGACAAUACGCAAUAACGCUGUACAGCCGUCCAUAUGGAGGGGCUCUGCUGAAUGAAGACAAGAUCCUGGAGAGCAUCCGGCAGUGCGGCGUAGCCCUGUGCAUCGUGCUGGGAUUCUCCGUCCUGUCUGCGUCCGUGGGGAGCAAUGUGGUGAGGGACAGGGUGACCGGAGCCAAGAGAUUGCAGCACAUCAGUGGCCUUGGCUACAGGACGUACUGGGUCACUCACUUCCUGUAUGACAUGCUCUUCUACUUGGUUUCCGUUGGCCUGUGCGUCGCUGUCAUCGUCACCUUCCAGCUCACAGCCUUCACUUUCCGCGAGAACCUGGCAGCCACAGCGCUCCUGCUGGCGCUUUUCGGAUAUGCAACGCUUCCCUGGAUGUAUCUCAUGUCCGGAGUCUUCUCCAGCUCGGACGUGGCUUUCAUCUCCUACAUCUCUUUGAACUUCAUCUUCGGCCUCUGCACCCUGCUGAUGACGACCAUGCCGCGGCUCCUGGCCAUUGUCUCCAAAGCCCAGAAUUUACAGAACAUCUAUGACAUCCUGAAGCGGGUCUUCAUGAUUUUCCCUCAGUUCUGCCUUGGUCAAGGUCUGAUAGAACUCUGCUAUAAUCAAAUCAAGUAUGACCUGACCCAAAACUUUGGUGUCGAUUCCUAUGUGAGCCCCUUUGAGAUGCAGUUCCUGGGCUGGAUCUUCGUGGAAUUGGCCUUGCAGGGCACGGUUCUCCUCCUGCUGAGGAUUCUGCUGCACGGGGACCUUCUGCGCUGGUCAGGGGGCCCCUCUGCCACUCAGGACACCAGCAAGCCUGCUGUGGACCCCGAUGUUGAAAAAGAGCAAAGGAGGGUGUUGGAAGGGAGGACCGGUGGAGACAUCCUGGUGCUGCACAAGCUGAGUAAGAGUUACAGAAGCUUCUGUGGGAGGACCACUGCGGUGCAAGACAUCAGUCUGGGGAUUCCCAGAGGAGAGUGCUUUGGGCUCCUGGGCGUGAACGGGGCUGGGAAGAGCACGACCUUCAAGAUGCUGAACGGUGACAUCUCCCCCAGCUCUGGCCAUGCUUUCCUAAGGACAUCCACAGGGGCUACUGUGGGUCUGACUUCCGCCAGCCAGGUGGGCCUCGUCAUCGGCUACUGUCCGCAGCAGGAUGCCCUGGACGAGCUCCUGACCGCAUGGGAGCACCUCCAUUACUACUGCAGCCUCCGCGGGCUCCCGAGAGAGCACAUCCCCGAGGUGGCUGCUGACCUUGUGAGACGGUUACACCUUGAAGCCCACGCGGACAAACGUGUGGCCACCUACAGUGGGGGCACCAAGAGGAAGCUCUCCACAGCCCUGGCGCUGGUGGGCAAACCUGACAUCCUUUUGUUGGACGAGCCCAGCUCCGGAAUGGAUCCCCGCUCCAAGCGCUACCUGUGGCAGACGAUCCUGCAGGAGGUCAGGGGGGGCUGCGCCGCGGUGCUCACCUCGCACAGCAUGGAAGAGUGUGAGGCCCUUUGCACCAGACUGGCCAUCAUCGUGGACGGCCGUUUCCAGUGUCUCGGCUCCCCUCAGCACAUUAAAGACCGGUUUGGUGCUGGCUACACGGUCAAAGUCUGGCUCUGCAAGGGAGAAAAUCAACCGGGCCCUAUUUCUGACUGCUUGAAACUCCACUUUCCAGGAAUCCAGUUUAAGGGACAGCGCCUUAAUUUGCUGGAAUAUCAUGUGCCAAAAAGAUGGGGCUGCCUCGCUGACCUGUUCAGGGUUCUGGAGAACAACAAGACCUCCUUGCACGUCGGGCAUUAUGCCAUCAGCGAGACCACUCUGGAGCAGGUCUUCAUCAGUUUUGCUAGUACUGAGCAGCAGAAAACUCUGCCCUCUACUGUGGAACUGCCCAUGGAGGGCAGCCGCCUGUGUCAGCUGCCUGUGUAACCAGACCCUAUUGUCCUGUUGCCUGUCCCACUCAAGCUUCAAUAAACAAGUGCACCGAGAGGACCCAGAGGGUGUGUUCCUGGGAGUCAAGUCUUCUCGCCUUCAUUGUCCAUUUUGAAACUCUUUAUUAAUAACCUGCAAACCGAAAGGCCCUCCUUUUCCAUAGACAUCUGGCCAGCUCUUCUCCCCAGUAGAGACUCCUCUGCUGCCAAGCUGGGUGGGCACUGACUCCUUUGGGAGGAAGGCGUGAAUGUGCAGACCGAGCCGAGGAGGCUUUCUGGUACACAGACCUGCUCCCACUUGGGCUUGCAAGGUUAACUUCGCCUUCUGGGACACAGAGCUGCCCCGACACGGUCAGCAAACUGUCCCAGCUUGCUCGUGUCGGUAGCGGCAUCAGGGCUUGUUUUCUGCUUUUGCCAUCUUUUAUUAGGCAUGCCCGUGUGUUUUUAAAUAAGUAACAACUCGAUUAAACGCAAACUUUUCCUAAGACUGGAUGACAUCAUGUGU